AUGUUAGAUUAUGGAUGGUUGGGGAUGGAAAUGGGGGGUAGGGGGGGUUGUGGUUGGUUAUGGUGGGGUUGGGGGGGUAUGUGUGGUGGGAUGAUGAGGGGGGAGAGGGUGGUAAUGAUUUUGGGGUUGGGGGUAGUGCGUGAGGUAAGGGGGGGGGGUUUGUUUGGGAUGGGGGGGGUACGUUGGAGGUUGGGGGGGGGGGGUUGUGGGGGUGGUUGUGGAUUUGGAGAGGAGAGGGAGGAGAUAGGGUGUAUGGAGGGUUUGGUGGGUCUGGGGGGAGAGUGGAUGUGGGUAGGAUUUGGGUGGUUGGGUGGUGAUUUGAUGUGGUUGUUGGGUGGGUGGUUGGUGGGGGGGGGAGGGGGGGGGGGAUGUGGAUUGAUGGGUAUUUCGGGGUGGGGGGUUUGUGGGUUGAGGGGGGGGGGGUGUUUGGAUUUGGGGGGUUGUUGGGAGGUGGGGUGUGGGGUGGGUUUGGAUGAUGAGAUGGUUGGGGGUAAUAGGUGGGGGGGGUUUGGGAUAUUGAGGAAUAAAUGUGGGGUGGGUGGGUAUGGGUGUGGGUGGUAG